UUUGCAUCAACUAAUCCAUCAAACCCACACACCUCACCUAGUAGCAGUAACAAAAGAGCCUCUCUCUUAAAAGAAUACACAGGUAUAAAAAGAAGCCAUUUCCCACAAACAAAAACUACCAACCAACAAAGCUACUUCUCUCUUUUCAAGCUUUAAAUGAGCACACAAGAGUGAAGGAAAGAGAGAAGCACACCAUUGUUGGUUUCAGAUACACAUAUAGCAAGAGAGUUCAAUGGGGAAGGGAGAGUUUCAUGGAGGGGUGUUGAUGCUGUUGUUUUUGUGGGUUUCUGGUGUCACAGCCUCUGUCACUUACGACCACAAAGCCAUUGUGAUUGAUGGAAAGAGGAGAAUUUUGAUCUCUGGCUCCAUUCAUUACCCAAGAAGCACACCUCAAAUGUGGCCAGACCUCAUUCAAAAAGCCAAAGAUGGAGGCCUUGAUGUCAUUCAGACCUAUGUUUUUUGGAAUGGUCAUGAACCUUCUCCGGGAAAAUACUAUUUCGAAGAUAGGUAUGACUUGGUUAGGUUCGUGAAGCUAGUGCAGCAAGCAGGCCUCUAUGUUCAUCUCCGCAUUGGUCCCUACAUAUGUGCUGAAUGGAACUUUGGGGGAUUUCCUGUCUGGCUCAAGUAUGUUCCUGGAAUUGCUUUCAGAACAGACAACGAACCGUUCAAGGCUGCGAUGCAGAAAUUCACAGCGAAGAUUGUUAGCUUGAUGAAAGCAGAGGGGUUGUUUCAAUCGCAGGGUGGCCCAAUAAUUAUGUCACAGAUUGAAAACGAGUAUGGUCCUGUGGAAUGGGAAAUUGGUGCUCCUGGAAAAGCUUAUACGAAGUGGGCUGCUCAAAUGGCUGUUGGUCUAGACACUGGUGUUCCAUGGGUCAUGUGCAAGCAAGAAGAUGCUCCUGAUCCUGUUAUUGACACCUGCAAUGGGUUCUACUGUGAAAACUUCAAACCCAACAAGAACACCAAACCCAAAAUGUGGACCGAGAAUUGGACUGGCUGGUACACUGAUUUUGGUGGUGCAGUCCCUGUUAGACCAGCAGAAGACUUAGCAUUUUCAGUUGCAAGAUUCAUACAAAAUGGUGGUUCAUUCGUUAAUUACUAUAUGUACCAUGGAGGAACUAACUUUGGUCGGACAUCUGGUGGUCUCUUCAUUGCCACCAGCUAUGACUAUGACGCACCCCUUGAUGAAUACGGACUUCAAAAUGAACCAAAAUGGGGGCAUUUGAGAGCUUUGCAUAAAGCAAUAAAACAAAGUGAGCCUGCUUUAGUGUCUACAGAUCCUAAGGUGACAUCGCUUGGAUAUAACCUUGAGGCACAUGUGUUCUCAACCCCUGGUGCCUGUGCGGCCUUCAUUGCAAAUUAUGACACCAAAUCCUCUGCAAAAGCUACGUUUGGAAGUGGACAAUAUGAUCUACCACCUUGGUCUAUCAGUAUUCUUCCUGACUGCAAAACUGUUGUUUACAACACCGCAAGGGUUGGCAACGGUUGGGUGAAAAAGAUGACUCCUGUAAACAGUGCAUUUGCUUGGCAGUCAUACAAUGAAGAACCUGCCUCAUCAAGUCAAGAUGAUUCCAUUGCAGCACAGGCACUCUUUGAACAGGUCAAUGUGACACGGGAUUCUUCAGAUUAUUUGUGGUAUAUGACAGAUGUCUACAUUAAUGGUAAUGAUCUAAAGAAUGGUCAAUCUCCUGUUCUCACUGUAAUGUCAGCAGGCCAUCUGCUACAUGUUUUCAUUAAUGGUCAACUUUCAGGAACUGUGUAUGGGGGAUUGGGGAAUCCUAAGUUAACAUUUAGUGAUAAUGUGAACUUGAGAGUUGGCAAUAACAAGCUUUCAUUACUUAGUGUUGCCGUUGGUCUCCCGAAUGUUGGCGUCCACUUUGAAACAUGGAAUGCGGGGGUGUUAGGUCCAGUCACUCUGAAGGGUCUAAAUGAAGGAACACGAGACUUGUCCCGACAGAAAUGGUCUUACAAGGUUGGACUGAAAGGUGAAGCCUUGAACCUUCACACUGAGAGUGGGAGUAGCUCUGUUGAAUGGAUACGAGGAUCAUUAGUGGCUAAAAAACAACCUUUGACAUGGUACAAGGCAACUUUCAGUGCACCAGCUGGCAAUGAUCCAUUGGCUCUAGAUUUGGGUAGCAUGGGAAAGGGUGAAGUAUGGGUGAACGGUCGCAGCAUUGGUCGCCAUUGGCCUGCAUAUAUUGCACAUGGCAGUUGUAAUGCUUGCAACUAUGCUGGAUACUAUACUGAUCAGAAAUGCAGGACAAAUUGUGGAAAACCAUCUCAGAGAUGGUAUCAUGUUCCUCGUUCAUGGCUGAACUCAGGUGGUAACUCCUUGGUCGUGUUUGAAGAAUGGGGAGGUGAUCCUAACGGAAUUGCUUUGGUAAAAAGAACCUAAAGUGUGAUAUCAUCAUGCUCUCCUAAAAGGAGCAGUAUUGGCCAGCAAUAUAUAUCUUAUACUAAUGUCUAGGAAACGAAAAAAAGCUCUCAAGUGAGUCCUAUGCGGUUAGGACCCUGUGAUGCAGCAAUUUACAAAAUAAGUGUGGUUCAGAUGUUAUUAGGUUCAGUAUACAAAGUAUUUGAAGUUCAUCAUUGGUGCUCCAUGUCUUCUGGUUGUUGAAGUAUACCCUCAAAAGAUUGCCGAGGCCUAAUCAUGCAUUGUCUUCCCAAAAACAAAAAUGUAUAUAAGAGAAAUUGGAUGCAAAGACUGUGUACUGUGUACAUAGUCAGGCUACUGUGCUGAAUAUUGAGCCCUUACACAUUUAUUUAAUUUACUAUACAAAGGAAAGAAUUGGACACACAAAAAUGUGUCAGAUUACUAUUACAUUCUGCCAAAAAACAAUUGUGUUUUCUCUACUAAAAAUAUAUUAUGUGACAGAUUGAAAGAGUAAUAAUAAAAGUUGCUUUCGAAUGUCAA